GAUGAAGUCUCUGGAGCAGGACGCCCUGAAGGCGCAGGUUGUCAUCGCCCGCUCCAAAGAAGGAAAGAAGAGAAGCACCCUGGAGCAGCUGGCGGAGUCCCCAUCCCCCGCCCCAACCCCAUCCCCCACCCCCGCUGGAAGGUAA